AUGGCUCCAUGUCUUUGUCGAUGUCGGUGUAAGUUGCUGCUGUGUAUAUGCUCGCCGUGUAUACUGCUGACUUGCCUUUUUAUUUAUGUGGUGCUGGCAGUGUGUUUCUCAAUGGCACCAUCCAUUUCUCCCAUCGGAGCCAGUCGUCCACUCCCACUCUACUUUGCCGCUACUGGUGCCAGCAAAGCUGGUUUUCUGGCCUCUUACCCUUUAAAUGACUUCUGGAAAAACUACCUAGACAACAGAGCGAUGUGGAACUGGUUGCAGCAUAUUAUGGAUCGCCUCCACAAUCCCAUCCUACAUUCCAACACAGCAGGGCGGAACAAUGUUUUGUCGUUGGGUGAUUUGUUUCCUGUUUUAGGGAAGCUGAAAUGUAAACAGGAUCACAGCAUGACCAAAUUUAUGUCAGAUUUCCAAGCUAUGCCUCGUCAGAUACAGGACUUUGUUUCAUCCAUGCACUGCAGGGACUAUCCACUUCUCAUAGACCAGCCAAGGGUCUGUGCCAGAAGGCCAGACUUGCGUGAAGCGGCCCCAAUGUUGCUACUGGCCAUAAAGACCCAGGUGCAUGACUUCCAGAACCGGCAGGCGAUACGAAAAACCUGGGGGCGAUCUGGAUAUGUGAAGGGACUAGUGGGGAAAGGAGGGAUUGUUCGCAGGGUCUUUCUGUUGGGGAACAGAGAACAAGAUGAGCAUCUCUAUAUAGACGGGCUUCUGGAGAUGGAGAGUCAGAGGUAUGGUGACAUUAUCCAAUGGGAUUUCCAAGAUACUUUCUUUAACCUUACACUCAAGGAUGUCCUGUUCUGGCAGUGGUUCUCCAUGCGGUGUCCACAUGCCCGAUUUGUAUUCAAGGGUGAUGAUGAUGUUUUUGUGAGGACGCCAGCUCUGCUUGACUUCCUUCAGUCAGAGGAGGUGAAGGCCAAAGUUUCCAAUUCAUCCGGAUCGGCGGUAAAACUAGAGGACUUUAUCAUUGGUGACGUAAUCAUUUCUGCUGUCCCGGUACGCAAAAACUCAACGAAGUAUUACAUUCCACAAACAUUUUAUGAGGGCUUAUACCCACCAUACGCAGGCGGGGGAGGGGUGGUUUAUUCUGGAUCUCUUGCUCUGCGGCUUCUCCAGGUGUCAAAGAGAGUACACUUGUUUCCAAUUGAUGAUGUCUAUUUAGGGAUGUGUCUCCAUAGGCUUGGGGUCUCACCAAUUCAUCACCCAGCCUUCCUUACCUUUGAUUUCCCUAAGAAGGAGAAAAAGGGUCCCUGUGCUAACCACACCAUCCUGCUUGUCCACAAACGGAGCCCUGCUGAGAUGUACGAUCUGUGGAACGAGAUGAAGUCACCAAGCCUGGAAUGCAGAAAUGCGACUUUGAGAGUACAGGGGACAGGGAAGGAAAAAUCCACCCAGGUUACAGCUGAAAGACUUCCUCAUGCAGACUCAAUUCUUUGA